GAAGUUUCAUAAUUCCUCAAAAGGAAGUGUCGCGGCAAACCAUCUCCUUGCUUUUGACCACCACCAUCAUGUCUGAAUUCCACCCGUUUGCCCUCAAGAACCUCCCUUCCCCCGAAGAGUACCAUAAGCGAAAGGUCGCUCUAAUCUCGGGUAUCACUGGUCAAGAUGGCUCCUACCUCACGGAACUUCUCCUUUCCAAGGGCUACCAGGUCCACGGUAUCAUCCGUCGAUCCUCCAGUUUCAACACUGGUCGUCUGCACCAUCUGUACGAAGAUCAGCACGAACGGCCUGGCAAAUUCAAGUUGCACUACGGUGAUCUGAGCGACAGCACCAACUUGGUCUACAUCAUCGCGCAGGUCCAGCCCUCCGAGAUCUACAACCUUGGCGCCCAAUCGCAUGUGAAGGUGUCUUUUGAGAUGGCCGAGUACACGGGGGAUGUGGAUGGCUUAGGCACGUUGCGCCUCCUGGAUGCGGUGCGCACAUGCGGACUUGAGAAACAUGUCCGCUUUUACCAGGCUUCCACAUCCGAGCUGUACGGCAAAGUCGUGGAGACUCCCCAGAGCGAAACCACCCCCUUCUACCCCCGUUCCCCCUACGGCUGCGCCAAGCUCUACGCGUACUGGAUCGUCGUGAACUACCGCGAGUCCUACGGGCUAUAUGCGUGCAACGGGAUCCUGUUCAAUCACGAAAGCCCACGCCGCGGCCGCACUUUCGUGACUCGCAAGAUCUCACGCGCCGUUGCCGAUAUUUCGCUUGGCAAGCAAUCAUGCCUGUACCUCGGCAACAUCGAUGCGAAGCGUGAUUGGGGUCAUGCACGCGACUAUGUCGAGGGCAUGUGGCUGAUGCUGCAGCAACCUCAAGCGGAAGACUUUGUGUUGGCGACGGGCGAGACCCAUCCCGUUCGGGAAUACGUUGAGCGCGCCUUCGGAACUGUUGGCAUUCAACUCAAGUGGUCUGGCAGCGGUGUCGAGGAACAAGCCGUCGACGUCAAGACUGGCAACGUGGUCGUCAAAGUGGACCCGCAGUACUUCCGUCCUGCUGAAGUCGAUUUACUCCUGGGAAACCCUGCCAAGGCUGAGCGCCUUUUGGGCUGGAAGCGUCAGGUCGACUUCCCGUCGCUUGUGAAAGAAAUGGUUGAAGCUGACGUUAAGGCGUCGCAACUGAUGGUCGAGGAUCAGAACUAGGACGACUUUAAAAGUAGGUUAGCGCUCGGAAAUUCAUGUUGGAUUGUACUAGAUACAGGACUUUUGCACGCAUAUACGUAGAUAACGGAUCACGACUCAUGAUUCCCAGUUCCGACUAUGGCGUUAGAGGAAGAUGUGGACCAUCC